UGGCCGGCCCCACCCCGAGAUGUCUCACCCUCACUGUCUGCUGCCUCUUCAUGUAUCUGUGGGCAGCUACAAGAGGCAGGCUGCUGAGAGGGUCGGGGCUUCUCCCCCAUGGUUCCCUGCUGGUUUUUUGUGGCCAUGCUGGCCCCUCUGGUGUUAGCCCUGGAACAGUCUCAAGACCUGGUGAUAAAAGAAGGCCAGUCCGUGAAUCUGGAAUGUUCCAAGAAGAAAUCCAGCAGCACAGCUAUGUACUGGUUCAUGCUGCUUUCAGAGAAGAAUUCCAGGCUGACCCAGCUGGCUUCUGCAAUAGAAGGUGGUAACCCUGCAGUGGAGAAGAGUUUUGGGGGUCAUUUCAAGAGCAGCAAGAUCAAAGGAGACAGUAUCACCCUUUCAAUAGAACAUGCCUUUCUCAAUGACUCUGGCACAUAUUACUGUGCAGAAGAUAAGCACAGUGGUUUUGGGGUUGCACUCUACAUUGAACAGUGGCCAGAAAAAAUCCUUCAAAGAGCUGGAGACUCUUUGAACAUCUCCUGCUACCAGAAUUACAGCAACCUUGCCUAUAUGUUCUGGUAUCAGCAGCCUCCAAGACAUGGUGUUGGGGUGGAAGCCUACAUUGAACAGUUGCCAGGCAAAAUCCUUCAAAGAGCUGGAGACUCUUUGAACAUCUCCUGCUAUAGUAACCUUGCCUAUAUGUUCUGGUAUCAGCAGCCUCCAAGACAUGGUUUGAAGUUAAUAGUCAGCAGUAGUACAUGGAGUCGUAACUCUUACGAGCAUGGUUACAGUGAGGCCAAGUUUGAAGUAACCAGAGAGAGUAGUUAUUACGCUCUGAUGACAAUCAAGAACUUGACAUCCAAGGACGAAGCUACGGGACCUGAAUACUCUGUGUUUCUUCUUUUGCUGGUACCACAUGAGGGGGGUUAGCCCACAGGCUUGGCUCAGAGAUCUGGGAAUAGAGGAGAGGUUUUUCUGCAGCUGCAAAACAGUGUGAAUAAUGAGCAAUUGUUCUUUGGCAGUGGGACAAAACUUACAGUCAUAGGGAAGGAUGAUGAAAUCCUACCUCCAGCUGUGGCCAUCUUUUCCCCAUCAAAGCAGGAGAUCCAGCAGAAGAGCAAGGCCACGCUGGUGUGCCUGGCCUCUGGCUUCUACCCUGACCACCUGACUCUGGCCUGGAGGGUGAAUGGUGUGAGAAGGACCGAGGGGGUGGGGACAGAUGAGUCCUCCACACAGAAUGGGAGCACCUACUCGCUGACCAGCCGACUGAGGAUGCCAGCCUGGGAAUGGUUCAACCCUUUGAAUCGCUUUGAGUGUGUUGCCUAUUUCUUUCACAAUGGAACAACACAGUCAAUAAACAAAUUUAUCUAUGGUGAUGCUGGCUGUGCACUCACAGAAGAGUCGUACUUGCGGUAUGGAAAUUCUCUGAAGCUCACUUACCUCAUCCUCUGUGGCAAAGCCUUGGUCUAUGCAGUUUUGGUGAGUGGUCUGGUGUGGACAGCCAAGGUAAGUCAGAGUGCCCCUGGAAGGCUGGGCUUACUCACUUGUCAAGGAUCAGUGCAUGCAGACUAAACCUGUUCUCAGAGGUGUGGCUGUUCUGCAGGUGCUCUGCCAGGCUUUGUGCAGUCCUGCUUGAAAAAUCACAAGUGAUGGGUUUUCUAUUACUGUCUUUCUAGAACUCAAAUAAAAUCA